AUCCUCCGUUCCACUCCUAUCCAGUCAGGAUCUCCUGGGCCAGAACCCUCUCCCCAGAUCUGGUAGUCCCUCAUCAGGACUCUGGACCCGCCCACUUGGAUGCCCAUCCACCCCCACUACCAGGAACCCUGCUCAGGGCGUCCCAUUCACUCCAGGAACACCCUCGACUUAGAUUCUGUCUUGUGAGGAGACCCCUUUCAAAGCAGGGGGACCCUCUUAUCCAGGGUCUGGGGAACCUCUGUGGGGUAGGAUGGGAGAUCUCCUUUGCAUACCCCAGGAAUCCCCUUUACUCUCAGGCCUGGGGUCCUCGAUUUCCAAAGAAGGCCCUCAUCUCACGUGCUAUCUAGGUCCUCGCUGGCAGUGUCAGCAAUUUUGAGUUCUCUGGGAUUUCGGAGGAGGGCCUCUGGUGGUGUUUGCAGGUGAGAGGGUGGAUUGCAUCCCAGAGCAGAAAGAGAUGGGGUAAGGUCAUAUCGGAGGUCAUGAGUGGGCCAGCGGCCACAGAAGGAGCGAGUCUGCCCGGCUGCACCCUAGGACCUCUCUGGACUGCUCUGGCAGCUCUUCGGGCGAAGGCCGACCUCACUAUAUCCGUCUGCAAAAUGAGUGAGGCGGGAGAAUAACUCCCUUUUUUCAGUGCUGGGCGCUCUAGACGAUUUGCCCACAGCCUUGCAGCCUUGUUCCAAUAGGCCCCAGGUGCGGGGGACCCUCCUCUUCCCAACAGUGAAAACUGAGGAGCUGACCACCCCCCUGCCGUGGGCGGGGCAGGAAGAGGUCCAGGAAGCCCUUGCCUUCUGCAAUCACUCAAGAGAAAUAUUGGUGCUAUUCUCCACCCCAGACACUCGCCCCUGGCGACUUCCUGAAUAGUUGCUGUGUGACCUUAGACAAAGUGCUGCCCCUCUCUGGGGCUCUGGAGGUCCAUCUCUGAAAUGGGUUGAGGAAGGCGCUGGUUCAGUAAGGGCCUUCCUGUCCCUCCCCCACCCCCGAAUUACAAUUCUUCCUGUGGUUUCGCUUGGUCCUGGGUGAAGGACCCCAAAUUUGAGCCUCAAAGGCCCUUCUUCCAGGCUUAUCAGUGAGCUUCCAGCCACUUCAUCCCUGUUCUGAUGUCCAUCACGGGCUGUAGGUGACCGUGUCUGUUUAUGGCCGCCCCCUCACUGAAGGUGCCAAGGUCUUGGGGGUCCCGGUGUCACUCAGAGAGAGCGGCCAGGGAAGGGGAUGGGUUAGGGCAGCUCAUUCUAAGGCCACCAGAGGGCGCCAGCGUCACACAGACUACGCGGAAGCAACUCCGCCAAAAUUCUGUGAGGCUUUUCUCUAGAGAAAUUGACUCAGUGAGACGCCACGUUCCCGCUACCCUGGAGAGUUCCCCGCACUCUGCUUUGUCUGUGAGUGGACAGGGGCUACGGACGCCCAGAGCGGGCACAAGGGCUGGGACAAAGUAGUAGUUUGCCAGAGGCUGAAAGUAGGGAAAGGAAUGUCAGGGUAGUAGAACAGUUUGGGCAAAAGCCCGAGGCGUGACGGGGUAACUGACAGUACGUUGGGAAAAGGUUGAUGUCUCCGGAGUGAGGCUCUCGGAAGGGUUUGAGCUGGGGCUGCACAGUGUGAUCCAGGCACAAUCCUCUGAGGUCGGGACUGAUUUUUUUUCCUGACUCUACAGAUGUGGAAACUGAGGCUCCAAGAGGUUGUCACUUUCCCAGAGGUCACCCAGCAGAGCGAGGUUUGAAUCAGAGGAGGGGGGCUUCAGGCGCCAAAGUUGAGGGCAGCCCCACCUUCUUCCUCCUCCCUCCCUAUUUUCACUGCGAGGGGGACAGACCUGGGGUAGCUGUAAGUUCUCAGGGCCUCGACUAGGACCAGGGAUCCCCACCUCAACUAGGGCAGGUGAUGCCUGAGUCAAUUCUACAAGUAGCAGCCGAUGAGUGAUUAAGCAUGGGGUCAGGAUGCUCUGCUAGGUGACCUCAGGUCUGGGCACUGCCUCCGGGCCUCAGUUUUCCCUGGUUCCUCCCGGCGUCCGCAAGAGACCGGCUGUGGCUGCUUUCUCCUGGGAGUCGGUGACUGUAGGGUGCAGCCCAGGCGGAGCAAGGAUGUUUUAUUUUCCUACGCGCCUGGGCGAAGCCACGUCCCUCGUCGCGCUAUUGGCGAAAUCCCUUCUGGGGCGGGGCUGCCAUCCGGCCCCACUUCUCCGCCUGCCGUAUAAAAACGGCGCCGACGCCGGGCGCUGGGAUUUUCUGGUCUGUUCGGCGAGUGCGCCUGCGCGCUCCGGGAGUAUUUGGGUCCAGAGGCUGCAGCGUCCGCAUCUAGCGCUUCCGAAUCUCGAGUUCGAGGCCAGGGUGUGCGAGUCGUGGGUUCGCACCCCAGGCACGAUGCUGUUCGACAAGGUGAAAGCGUUUGCGGUGCAGCUGGAUGGUGCGAUCGUGGGCGCCGAGCCCGUGUUUAGCGGCGGCCAGGUCGUGGUGGGCCGGGUGUUGCUGGAGCUAGCGGACAAGGCGCGCGUGGGUGCCCUGAGGCUGCAUGCGUGGGGCCGCGCCCACGUGCACUGGAGCGAGUCACGCAGCGCGGGCUCGAGCACCGCGUAUACGCAGAGUUACAGCGAGCGCGUGGAGGUCGUGAGUUACCGUGCCACGCUACUCCCGCCAGACACUGGAGAGACUACGACGCUGCCUCCUGGACGCCAUGAGUUCCCCUUCAGCUUCCAGCUACCUCCAACCCUGGUGACAUCGUUCGAAGGCAUACAUGGCAGUGUCCGCUACUGCAUCAAGGCCACGCUACACCGGCCCUGGAUACCAGCACACCGGGCAAGGAAGGUAUUCACUGUCAUCGAGCCUGUGGACAUCAACACGCCUGCUCUGCUGGCACCUCAAGCUGGGGCUCGGGAAAAGGUCGCCCGAUCUUGGUACUUUAACCAUGGCCUUGUCUCCCUCUCUGCCAAGAUUGACCGCAAGGGCUACACACCAGGUAGCAAAGUAAUCCCCAUAUUUGCUGAGAUCGACAAUGGCUCCACACGGCCUGUGCUACCUCGCGCAGCUGUGGUCCAGACGCAGACCUUCAUGGCUCGAGGUGCCCGGAAGCAGAAACGCACAGUGGUAGCCAGCCUUGCUGGAGAGCCAGUGGGCCCUGGGCACCGGGCACUAUGGCAAGGCCGGGCACUACGGAUCCCUCCAGUGGGUCCUUCCAUCCUGCACUGCCGAGUGCUACAUGUAGACUACACGCUCAAGGUCUGUGUGGACAUCCCAGGCACAUCUAAGCUGCUCCUAGAGCUGCCACUGGUCAUCGGCACCAUCCCCCUGCACCCUUUCAGUAGCCGUUCAUCCAGUGUGGGCAGCCAUGCCAGCUUCCUGCUGGACUGGGGGCUGGGGGCUCUGCCAGAGCAGCCUGAGGCCCCUCCUGAGUACUCAGAGGUGGUAGCAGAUGAGGAGACAGCACCCUCAGGGCAGACCCCCUUCCCACUACUGCAGGACCCUGACAUGACCCUUGACAGCCCUUUCUUUGCUUAUAUCCAGGAGUUUCGCUACCGCCCGCCGCCUCUGUAUUCCGAGGAGGAUCCAAACCCAUCCUCAGAGGUCAUGAGGCCACGCUGCAUGACCUGCUGAACAGCAAAUAAGACACCUCAAGGGACGAGGUUGCAAACUUGCUUUCAGCGGUUGUGAUCAUAGAGAGCAACUUGAUCAAGGAUUGACUACCCUGAUUGUGCUGAAGUUGGGGAAACUGAGUCUUGGAGUGGAGCAAGGCUGUUCUGGUAUUACACAGGACAGGAACCAGGCUGGAGCCUGACUUACAUGGAAUGGCUGUCUUAUGAGGCAGCGAAUGCCUGGAGAUGCUGUUUAACCUGUCUAUGCAGCCUGUGGGCAGUGCUGGGGUCCACCAAGAGCCUUCAGUCUGGGAGAAACAGAGCCAAACAUAGAUAAUUCCAAGUCUUGUGGAACCAGAAUAAGAAACUCGAGGCUGGGGGAGUCCAGAGAGGAAGCACAGAAAGGCUUCCUGGAGGAAAAAACAUUUUAGCUGAGGCUUUGGCAUAUACAUAGGAGCUCAGCAGGUAGACAAAUGAUGAGGAGAAGUUGGAGAAGGUCAGAGCUGAGUGAUAUUUGGAACCCACCCCCUUCAUCAACUGGGGCUCAAAGGGCGUGUGCCUCAGUUGAGGCCACAUAGUGAAGUCCAGUGGGCGACAGGGCCCAGGAACGAGGCAUUCUGGAAAACAGGUCGUUGGAGCUACGUGGGCCGGCCUGUGGGUGGCAGGAGCAGCGGGUUCAGCUUUUGAAGACUUUGAUAGCCAGGUCCAGGCUGGGACUUCCUCCAAGUACUCUGGGACAUCCAAGCUGACUGAGUGUUAUAUGGCCCAGGAAAUCCAGGUUCAGGGCAGGACAGAUAAGACCAGCCACAUAACUUGCAAAAUGAAAAUGCUGGGCUCCCUGUUCAAGGUUAGGAAUCACAAGACAGUGAUAACAAAACAUUAUACCAGGCCCUAGGGACAGAGGUCAGCCUGGGGUAACAUAGGGGACCAGAAUGCUUCAGGUGGUUACCUGUGUCCUGGAGAAAAGCACUAAGUGGGGCAGCUGGACAAGCCCCUAACUACAGAGUGCCAGCCCUGGCUAGGGCAGGAUCCCUGCCUGGGACUCAGCAUUUCUGAUAAGCCUUAAGAAAUCAAUCUUCUUUUGUACAAUUAUUUUUAAAAAAUAAAACUGUGGAGAAACAGA